AUGAAUUUUGCGUGUGAUUUGUCUCAAUCAAGUGAAUAUUUAAGUUUUAGGAGUAGUGUCCCAUUAAGAAAGAUAGUUGUGGAUUCUGAUGGAAUCAAGGCUUGGAAAAUAUUUGAUAGUGGUCCGAAAUCUGUUACUUGUCCCUUGAUAUGCUUACCUCCUGUUUCUGGAACAGCUGAUAUAUUCUAUAAGCAAGUAAUGGGACUUGCGUCUAGAGGUGUAAGAGUUAUUGCAGCUGAACCUCCACCUUAUUGGAAUAUCAAAGAAUGGUGUGAUGGUUUCAAAAAGCUUAUUGACUACCUUGAACUUGAUAAAAUUCACAUUUUUGGAACAUCUUUAGGGGGAUUCAUUGCACAAAAAUUUACACAGUAUACUCAGAAUUGUCCACGUGUAGUGUCACUUGUAUUGUGUAACACAUUCACAGACACAACAGUGUUUGAGUACAAUGACUCAGUUGCACUGUUUUGGCUUCUACCUUCACUAGUUUUGAAAAGAAUGCUUAUGGGUAAUUUUGCUGCUGAUAAAGUUGAUAAGAGAAUUGCAGAUUCCAUAGAUUUUAUGGUUGAAAAGCUGGAAUCUUUAACUCAAUCAGAACUAGCAUCCCGAUUGACCUUAAAUUGUACUCCAUGCUAUGUUGAACCACAACAUCUAUAUAACCUGCCGAUCACUAUUAUGGAUGUUUGGGAUGAAAGUGCCCUUAGCUCAAGGGUGAGAGAAGAUCUUUACAAAUCCUAUCCACAAGCGAAACUAGCACAUUUGAAAAGUGGAGGGAACUUUCCCUAUUUAAGCAGAAGUGACGAGGUCAAUUUACAUUUACUGAUUCAUUUGAGGCAAUUCGAUCGUACAGACAUAUCGGCUUCCUACUUAAGUUUACACAAAAUGCCAUCUCAAAAUGACGAUAAUCCCGAGGAAGGUUCAGUGAGUUACUUCAAACAAAGGGAUAGUUAA